AUGGCCGACCUCACCACCGCCGUCCACCUCAGCCAGGCCUUCAUCCACCUCGCUCAACGCCGCGACCAUCCCUCGACCGACUCGUCGCUCUUCCAACUCAAGUACUCGAGCAAACCCGCCUCGAUCGACCCGGCCGCAAACGGCACCCUCUUCACCGCACCUCCCUCUGCCGCCGCCGCCGCCGCCGCACCCGACCAGAUCUGGGCCGCCUUCCCGACCACCAAGCACGGCAUCGGCAAGCACAAGGCCAAGCCCGUCGAGGCCCGCUUCACCGCCACCGAGACCCCCGCCAAGGAGGUCGAGGUCGCCCUCGUGUGGGACGACGACCGCCAGAGCUGGUCCCUCGAACCUUUGACGGCCCACCUCUCGCUCAAGCCAGACCGCACCUCUCGUCCUCCCGCGACGCCUCCCGUCCCGACCUCGGCCGAGCUCCACUCGUCGCACGCCUCGUUCUUCACCUCGGCCGCCCCGGACCCGUUCGCCGCCUUUCGCGCAGCGACCGCCGCCCCGUCGGCCGCAUCCGCACCCGCACCGAGCGCCGUCUCGCCGCCGCCCGUCUCGACCUCGGCCCACUCGCGCCCGUCGAGCAGCGGCGGCCUCGCGAGCCUGCUCAACCCGGCGACGUCGCCGUCCAUGGCGCAGCGAGCCCACAUGGCGAGCACGGCCACGUCCGACAACGACAACGACGACGACGACGACGAGAGCGACUUUGACGAGGUCGCGCUCCCCGCCGUGCCCUCGGUCCCGAGCUACCUGCGCAACAAGCCCGCCACCCGCGUCGACGUCGAGGACUUUGGCGACCUCGGCGACCUCGGCGGCGGCGACGGCGACAGCAGUCGGCCAACCCUCGCUCGCCCCUCGUCCUCGACCUCGACCUCGACUGCGCCUGCGCCCACACCCGCUCGCGCCGCCAAGCGCCCAAGCCCGCCUCCCGGCUCUCGGCAAGAGCAACCUGCCGUCAAGCGCUCGCCGCCGUCGACCUCACGCGCGCCCCAUGUCGCCGCCACCGCCGCCGCUCCUCCUCAGCCCGCUGUCGCGGCGUCCUCGGCGGCGCGCCCUCUCCUGCCGACCUCGCCUCGCCUUCCUCCCUCGCCUCGACAGCCGCAACCCUCCUCGUCUACCCACCCGCACCCGCAGCUGCAUCCUCGCUACGCCGGCAAGGUGCCAGCCUCGACCACGCGCGCCCUCAGCGGCGCGCCGCCGUCGCCCAACCUGUCGCAGGGUCCGCCGCCCGGUGCGCACCCGCGCUUCGGGAGCAAGAUCCCGGCGUCUUACUCGCGCCAGCUCGCGGCGCAAGGUGCGGGCGCCGGUCCGGCAGGACCGCCCGACUCGGCGAGCAGCGAGGACGAGGACCGGGACGACGACGACGAGGCGGCGAGCGACAGCGAUGAUGUCGAGACGGAGCCGGUCGUGCCUCACCCUGUCCUCGUCGCGGCCUCGACGGGCGCGCUGCCGAGGCCUGGAGCGGGCAAGGGCGGCGGCAAGGGCGGGCCGGGCGGCGCGCCGCUCCGGGCACAGCCCGCACCUGCAGCAGCAUCGUCGGCGCAUGUUCCUCAACCGCCACCGCCACAGCGACGAGCACCUCCUUCGACCGCCGCCGCCGCACCGUCAUCCGCCGCCGCCGCCGCUCGUUCUCGUCCGCCCGCACCGGGCAUGAUCGGCGGCAAGCGCCCGCCCGACGCUGCGCAUCUUCCUCCUGCCGCCGCCGCGACCACCUCCACCACCACCUCCUCGUCGACGUCGGCAAAACCCGCUCCAGGUCCAGGUCCGGCGCCCGGCGCCAAAGGCGCUAAGAGCAUCCAGCGGGUCGCGCCCAACAUCUCGGACUCGUCGUCGUCCGGGUCUGACGAUGACGACGACGACGACGACGACGAGAGCGACGAGUCGGACGCUGGCGGCAGAGCGGGAGGCGCAAGGGCGAGCCGGCGCACGGGCCCCAAGCUGCUCCCGAGCGGCGUGUCGCACGCCGUCAACGCCCAGAUGGCCAAGGUCCGCUCGUCGGGCGGCGCGAGUGCGCCUACGAGCACGGCGUCGGCGUCGCCUGGGCCCGGUGCGGCUGUCGCCGGCGCGCCGGCGGCCUCGUCGUCAUCGUCGACCGAGUACCCGAGCAUCAAGACGGCGGCGGCGGUGCAGCAGCAGGCGCAGGCGCAUGCGCGGCACAAGCUCUUGCUCGAGGCCAAGCACCAGGCCGAGCUGCAGGCGCAAGCGCAGGCGCAGGCGAGAGAGCGUGAGAGGGAGAGGGCGCUCGCCGCGAGGAGGACGACGGCCGGCAAAGGGCUCCCGAGUUCUGUCAAUCCGCUGCAGGCCGAGCGCGAGAACGACAUUCCCGACUCGAGCGAGGAGGAGUAGCGUCGCCGAGGGAGGGCCUCUCUCGUGGAUAGCCUCUCGUACGUGGAGCCUGAAAUACAGCCUCGUCGUUGCUUCG